UUUAAAAUAAAAGUCCUUACAAAACACUAACCGGACGCUGUAUUGUGAACGUCCUCGUCAGCUUCUACUAGCAAUAGUUUUUUAGCUGUUUCUGCUAGUAAUUGUUAUAUAAUUUGUAUUGAAAUAAAUAGUUACCACUCUGUGUUAGCUAUUAAUACCACAGACGCUGUUUAGUAGUGUCUUAUUGACCGAAAUAGGCGGCGACAGAGGUAGCUAACGCUAGCGAGCUAGGCUAACUAGAGGUAGAGUCUCGAGCUUACCGGUGCUAGGCUCAUUAAAUAGUGCUAAUUUAAUUCCGGAGUUAAUUUCUCCCCUCAGAGCUUCGCUGUGCGCUAUAAACGGCUUGGUUCUGGGUUAUGGGCUGUAGAAUUCAGGCUGCCGCCGUUUCCCCGCUGUUGUCAGUGUGUGAGGGAGGAGUUGGCAGUAAUAUGUAGUCGGUGAGAGCGGCUGUCAGGAUGCUACAGGUGCCCUACGGAGCUGUGGACCGGGAUAAACCGCUGAUCCGCCUGCCGUUCACCCUGUUCGCUGUUUUAACUGUCUGCCUGCCUCUGCUCGGACUCAUCACCUGCAUCACGGUUUCACUGCUGUAUCACUACAAUGAAGCCACAUAUACCCACUGCCAGGUUUACAACUACCUCCCAUCCAUCAGUGCAGCCAUCAGCCUCACGCCGGAGCGCUACAUCUGGCGAUUCUGCAUCGGCCUGCACUCUGCCCCUCGCUUUCUGUUGGCAGCUGCCUACUUUAACUUCUACCGAGGACGCUUCUCCAGGCAGCUCAAAGACCAGCUGCUGAGUGUCUUCACUUUCCUCUGCGCUCUGAGUGAAAAUGUGGGACUGCUGCUGCUUACCUAUGUCUGCUCUACUGAAACUUACAGUUUACAUAAGAAUGGCUUCAUCGUGUUCAUCGCGAGCUCUCUGCUCCACAUGUUGUGCACCUGCAGACUGUGGCAGAUGAUUACGAAGUAUUCUGUCAGUGCUGAGGAGAUGACGUCAUGCCGCUAUAAGAUCCGCCUCUUCCUCUUCAACAUCAGCCUGUGUUUACUGGCGGGCUACUUCUUCAGGCGCCACAAUAAGUAUUGUGAACCAGGAAUUUACACACUCUUCGCUUUGUGUGAGUACCUGGUCGUGCUCUCCAACAUGGCCUUCCAUAUGACUGCCUUCUGGGACUUUGGGAGUAAAGAGGUUAUGGUGGCGACACCACCUGAGGGAAAGCGCAUCUGACUGAAAAGGAAAAAUUCUUUUCUUGGGUACCAAAGGAACUAAAUACCUUGAAAGGCUAUAAGACAUUGUGAUCAAGUGAAUAGUGUGUGUGUAUGUGUGCGUGUGUUUACAGAAGUGUAGCUGGUUGAGCAUCUAAAAUAUUGUAUAUUAUUGCUAAACAUUAAUAACUGUAUCAGUGAUGUACUGUAUUUACAGUGGUAUUUGUGAUACUUCUGCACAGAUUGUUAGUGUUUAUAUGCCUGAGGUGUUUAUACAUCUUAGGAAAUACCAGAUUGUCUAACUUAUGUGCUCUGAUCUCUCUUAACUGUAAAAUUUGGUUCUCCAUUUGCGCUCCAUCUCAGUUCGUGACUGUGGUCUGGAUUCAUGCUGUGACAGUUCUUGUCAUGAUAAGGGUCUGGGUGUAAUGAGUAGUGGGAUCGAUUUCUGGAUCUUGGUGCCACAGAAACACAUUCUCACUUUUAUAUCAAAAGCUCUGUUCUGUGUUCCCAGGAUUUAAUUUUUUUAUUUUCAAUUUUCAUAAUAGUUCUGCUAGAAAAGCCCUCUUUUCUGCUAUAAAAUAGUAAAAUGAUAUCAAGUUUGGGGCCAUAUGGAGUGGAAUACAAGUGUAUGUUAAAAGAAACACAUUUUAGAUAGUAGAGAGAUUUAUAAACUUAUGCCAAAAUCAGUUUUUUAGUAAUUGUGUGUAAACACAAGCUUGGUGCUGCUGCAAUAUUUUAUUUUCAACUUUUUUUUCCCAGAACAUAAGUAGAGAUAGAAAGCCUCAUAUUUGUGAGCCCAUCUCAGGUCUAAUUUAACCAUAAAUUGCAUCAAGACAGUGGAUUGUAUUUUCUUAAUUUUAUUUUAGUAUCGUGCCAAUAGUGAGAUGUUUGCCAGGUCAACAAUUAUUAAUAAACCUUAGCCUGACCUGACUAUUAAGAAUUAUUAUUUCACAUAAAAAGACAAUUCAAUAUGUUUUAUUCCAUUGUUAUGUAAUUAGUGGUUUUAGUGAUUAUACGUAAAUAAUUGGCAGUUUAAUCAGGGUAUCAAUUAUGCUGAGCACACUAUAGAUCUUACAGUUUAGUAGACGCAGAUUACAUGGCAAAAUUGUGCACUUUGGUUAGUUCUUAACAUUGUAAGACGUAAGAUUUUGAAGGCGCUUUUGUACGCAGACUUUUCCAUUAAUAUACAGUAUCAAGAUCAGUGUCACCAUAUUCACUGUGUAAUUGUUGGUGGCCUUUGUGUACCGAACUUGAUAUGAAUAAAUUUCUAUACUGCAAAAUGUUUAUUAA